AAAGGUUCCGCUGGGGCGGGCAAAAUCCCGCUCUUUCUUGUCGAUCGAGACGCGCCAAAAGCGAAAUUCGAUCGUCUUUUUAGAUUCCAUUUCGAAGAGGACAAUUUCACCUGAGGCGGCAACAAAUCGAAUCGAGGGAGAGAAUGUUCGGGAGGCUAAGACCGCCGCCAACUUCCCCGGACAGUCUAGAGAGAUAUCCAGCGAAGAUCAUCAAAGACGAUCCUCUCUCCGUCUACGAGUCAACACUGCUUAAGCUUAAGCAAGGCUCAAGACUGGACACUAUUGGUCCUUCAGAGUUUGAGAAUCCUUCAGAUGCACAGCGAGGAGCUCAUGAUGUGACUCUGUGCAAUGGCUCUGACGAUGCAAUGGCUAUAGACUCGGCUUCUUGUGUAAAGAAGAAGAAUCCGUCUGUGGUAUCUAUGUUUUGCAGGUACAAGAAUCAAGAUCAGGCACGAAACUUGUCUAACGCUGUUGAUACCACAAAGACAGAGACUGAGAGUGCUUUGUAGACUCAAGUUAAUGCGACCAGAUAGUUACCCGAGAUUUUUCAUAUUGCCAAGAACGAAGUAAUUGUGCUGAGUUUAUUGAUGAUGUAUAAAUGUAACUAAACGAUUCUGUUUGUAUACUAUGCUUUUUUUUCUGUUUGUGUGCAUCUAUAAAAUUGUUGGUUAAAUUUCUACGCUUUGAUUUAACCACCUGAAAAAUUGUAAAGAAAGAGAGAAUCAUUGUCCCAAUCAAAGCAG